AGCAGGAAGGUGGGGUAAUACAGCAAGGCAGCUGGCAUUCUCAAGAACAUUAUCACUUAACAGUCCCUCUCUCCUUUAAGAGAGUGAGUCAGAGACAGACAGAAGACAGUAGCAGAAAGGAGGACUACAGUGUGGCUGUGUAUCUGGACAUUCCACAUCUGGACUUACUUAAGAGAAAUGGCUCAUCUGCCUACAAGUGUUCCUGCUAAUUUCAGCACCACAGCUGUAAAUAUAGAUCAUAACAGCACCAAUGGCACUGAUUGUCCUCCUAACAAUUCCAAGGAAUGGAUGGCCAUAUAUAUCUGGCUCAUCGCUGUGCUGGGAAUUGUGUUUAACGUGUUUGUCCUUACGGUUUUCUACUUACACAAGAAGGCCUUCACCGUGGCUGAGAUCUACUUGAGCAACCUGGCUGCUGCCGACCUUGUCCUGGUGUCCUGUCUGCCCUUCUGGGCUGUGAAUGUAACCCACAAUUAUAAGUGGCCCUUUGGUGAUCACCUGUGUCGACUGGUCAACCUGGGCAUCAAUAUGAAUGUCUGCUGCAGCAUCUACUUUCUUGUUCUGAUCGUGAUGGAUCGUUAUGCGGCACUGGUGCACCCGCUGUCUCAUGACAGGUUUCGUCGGCCAAAGUUUGCCAAACUGUGCUGUCUGCUGGUGUGGGGUUUCGGGUUGCUCCUGGGUGUCCCCAUACUCUACUUCAGGGAAGUAAAAGGUCACCAUUGCCAGCAUAAUUACCCAAAUGGCACUAUACAUCUGUUGUGUGAAGGGAUACUGAUCAUCUUCAAGUUCAUCCUCCCCAUUUCUAUCAUUACCUGGUGCACUGUCAAGAUUAUUCAAGCUUUAAAGAACCGGUCAGUGGAGGGGUUGAACACUCAACAGAACACAGACCACAAGGCGACCACUCUGGUGCUGGUCGUUCUCGUGGCGUUCCUGAUCUGCUGGGUGCCAUUCCACCUUUAUAAGAUACUAGACUCACUCCAAAGAGUUGAAAUCCUGAAAGGAUGUGACCUUCAAGCCAUCCUAUACAUCUGCAGCCAGAUCUUCACCUACUUAGCUUUCUUCAACAGCGUUCUCAACCCCAUCCUCUACAUCAUUGUAGGAAAGAACUUUCAGAAAAAAGUUCAGGAACUCUUCAGUCAGCGGUCCAUUAGGAGAACAACGAUCUUAAGCCUCACCUCCACACGCAGCAACCUAAUAAGCAGUGUUCGAGCUAAUGAUGUCUGCUGACAAGCUGAUCUGCAAGAUUGUGAUUUUUUGAGAGUUUAUGGUCUAUGUUUUUUGAACAAUUUCACAUGAUGAAGUGGGUGUGACCCAGAAGUGAGAUAAGAAAAAUAUUUGGAGUCAUACCUGCAUCAUGUUCACGUAGACAGAGAGGUGAAGUACAAGAUAAUAGCAUUUACUUGAUUAUAUGCAUGAUGUACCCCUUGGAAGGUAGCCCAUCAGAUCCUGCUCAGUAUGCUGGGAUUUGAACUCCCUCUCUCUCAUGUUUUUUUGCUCCAGAUGGAACAUAACUCAGUAGUACUACUACUACUCACUACUCCUCUUACUGUGUUGGGGUCUUUCCCCAGUCUUAAACCUUCCUCAACACACUCUUUGAUGGACAAGGCUUUUGGAGGCCAGGUUUUAGUGUGUCUUGCCUUUCUCAACAGUGUGCAAUGUCUACUUAGAUCAGGACAAAUGAAAGAGACAGUGUGAUCAUCUUUAAUGCAAGUGAUCAGAUGCGACUCAUGACAUUCUGUUUACAUUUUGGACUGCUUCUGGUACUACUUGGAUGAAGUUGUACAAUGUACAGGAUAUGAGAGUGAGAAUUACAUUAUCUGCCAUCCUAAAACUCAUGCUCUAAUUGUUGUUUCAUCAGAAUUGCUUUUAGAUUUUACACAAUAAUAACACUUACAUAAUUAAACAGCCUUUCAAAUUGUGUUCUAUAUUGGAGAAGUAAUGGACACAAACUAAGAUAAUGGAAGUAGUGGGAGAUGGAAACAGACUUUGUGUCUCUGUGUAGCAGUAAUGACAAUUUAAUGUGAGAUGUUUCUCAGCCCUCUGUGCAUGUUUGUAGAUAUACAGUAUAUACAGUAUGUGUCUGAAUCUUUUGCUCUGUACUCUUACAUGACCUUACUUUUACUGAUUUGUUAUAUUUUAAUGCUAAACAUAUUUAAUAUCCAUGUAAUAUUCCUCCCUUCUGUCUCCUUCCUUUGACUGGCUAAUUUAAAUCUACAAGCUGACUGGAGAAUGACCACCUACGCACUGUGAACACAUUUGCAUGCUCAUACAAUUUGUACAAUUUUGUUGUGUACACUGUUUUUACUAUUCAAAGUCACAGUAGCCUGAAGAGUAGUGACUCACACAGUCAUGCCAGUUUCUUUGUAUGGUGUGAACAAAAAAUUUGUGCAUAAAUUGUUAGAUAAUUUGUAUAUUUAAUUUAAUGUAACACCUAGAGUGGCAUAAUUGCAAAAGCCUUACACUGAAUCUUUUGCUGAUAUACCGUAAAUGUACACAUAUACAAUAUUAUAAAUAUAAGUCUUACAAUGAGUGACUGGGGACUUUAUUCUUUUUGUAAGCACUGCAAAAGUUUUGUUUGUUUUUUUCCAGUUCAGGACAUCAUCAAAGGUGAUGUUGGUAUAUCAUCUUGUUUCAGCCACUGGCCAUCAGAUAUUGCAAGAAUCAUGAGUGACUGGUGAGGCAAACAGUUCACCCAGAUUAUCUAAACUACUUGUAAGUGAGACCAAAAGUUCACCAGAAAUGCUGACAAUGACCCUGCAUUGCUCUACAGAACAUUAUGCAGACACACAACUGUUGGUCAAAGCUAAACUAGAUGUGCGACCUUGCUCCCAGCUUCAAUGGAUGUUUACAAUGACAAGCUUGGGAAAUAAAUAUCCAAUUGACCUCCAUUUCCCCUCCCAAUGCACUCAGUGGAAUUAUCUGGGAAUGCAGCUGUCAAACUGUUUCAGACACACAGGCAGUCACUUGAUUUGUGUAAAAUCUGAUCAUCUGAAAGCUUGAGUUUCUUGCCCAGUCUGCCUCAUUUUCAGUAAUGUUGCGCUCACAGAUGUCAACAGUUAACUUGAUGAGUACAAUGAUUUCACUGUGCAAAUAAGAGUCAAGACUAUGAAAAUAAGAAAAAAAGCAUAAUUACACUUUAAUGGUCUCAGGCCAAGAGGAGAUUCUAUUUCAUUGAGCCCAUUAUAGAUCAAUGUCACAACUUUGUUUGAAAAGCUUUAACCUUGUAUAUGUCUAUGCCUCUCAUUGUAACUUUGCUUGUUGAUAAAUGUCUGAAUUACAGUGUACUUUACAGUAUAUUGUGCUGUACAACAAGAUCAUUGUUGAAAAUCAAUGUACAUCCUAAUUAAAAUCUAAAUGGAAGUA